AAUUAUUAAUAUUUUGUUACUAUAAGCUCAAUUCGAUUUUGUUAAUAUAUAUAUUAUAUUUUAUUGUAUCGAAAUAACAUUUAGAUACAAACGACACGAGUAUGUUUCACGGAACAUAAGACCUAUCACUUGUUUAUAUAAAUUUAAAAAAUUCCCACUUGUUAAUCAGUUUCUAUGGAAACAAUUUUUUUUUACAAGUGUACCUUGGACUUGUUAAGUAAUUAAUUAAAAAAUAUAUAUGUCUAUCUCCAGAUGGAUUUAAAUCAACGUUUUGCUUGAGAGGUUGUUAUUAAUUUCGCGUCAAAAUAAGUAACCGCAUCACUGAGCACGUUGGUUCUCAUUUAAAGAAAAACAAGUAACUAGACAGAAUAGGAUUGCUGGUUCAACCGACCCACUCUUAAUGAGUAAUAGAUCAAUAUCCUUUGUUCUAGAGGACGCAUUUCGGAAUUUUAUUUUCGGGUUCACUUUCAUUUCAAUUCACUUCCUAGGAAAUAUUAAGGAUUACAAAAAGAAAACUGAUUUGCAACUAAAAUGAUAACUAAUCGUCCUGCAGAAGGCUCAAAUAAAGUACCAACAGUUCUGGCUGAAAGAUAUGUGAUUGGGAAAAAACUCGGAUCUGGUCAUUUUGGCACUGUCUUCCUUUGUAAAGAUAAAGAAGAAAACGAAAAAAAUUCCCAAAAGGUUCUAAAAAAAAUUUAUCUCAAUGAAAAAAAACCCAAAGAAACUGAUGCUGCUGAACAGGAAGCAGCCUUGUUAUCACAGCUCUCAAAUCCAAACAUUCUGAAGUUCCUAGACAAAUUAAUUGAUGAUGAAUGUUUCUGUAUAAUCACUGAAUAUUGCGAAGGUGGAGAUCUGGAUCAAUAUAUUGAAAAAUGUGUGAGGGCUAAAAGCACAAUAAGUAUAAAACAGACACUAGAUUGGUUUAUUCAGAUACUGCUGGGAGUCAACUAUAUACAUUCACAGCAUAUAUUACACCGAGACUUAAAGUCAAGGAACAUUUUUUUAAAGAAUGGCAUCAUUAAAAUUGGAGAUUUUGGAAUUUCAAGAAUAUUGGCAGGACCAUCAGACUAUGCUUCGACUUUUAUCGGGACUCCCUAUUACAUGAGCCCAGAAGUGCUGAAACAUGAAGGUUAUAACUGCAAGGCUGACAUUUGGUCUAUUGGCUGUAUCCUAUUUGAUAUGUGUGCAUUGGAGCAUCCAUUCACUGGAGAAUCCUUUUAUUCAAUUGUGAACAAGAUUGUUAAAGUGGAACCACCACCUCUGCCCAACCGCUAUCCUGAAGAAUUGAGCAAGAUAUUCAAUCUAAUGUUGAAGAAAAACCCAGCAGAACGACCAUCAGCCAGAGAUAUCCUGAAAAUGCCUUUUAUUUGUCAACAUUUUCCUAAAAUGAAUGCUGAAUGCAAAAUUGAUGGAAAAGUAGAAGCAAUAAAACAGAGGUGGUUGGAGAAUCAUGCGAAAAAAAAAGCUUCAAAAGUUAAAAGCAAAUUUCAUUGCCUAUUCUUGGCUCGGUCUUCAAGUGAAUCAUUGAACAAAAGGGCUAACCCUUUUGAUACCAACCUGUCUGAGAUCACCCUUGUUUCUAUGAUACAAGAUUCUCUAAAACUAAAGUGA